AUGCUCUCGGGUGUUCGGCGUUCUAAUUGAUUGCUUCUUCAAUUCGCAACAUGGACAGCACAAUGCAGUCUAGUCCGCCCGUACGCGCGUGGACAGCAACGCGACGCGACUCGCAGCCAGAGUCGGAAUACUCGCUCGAUUUGGCUGCGUUGGACCUGGAUGAUGCAGAAGAUACGGACACGCGUAUUCCAGAGCCCAAGGUCGAUCGUAUCUUUUCCGAGGACAUUGACGGACCGAGUGACUUCACACAGAAUAUGGACGCGUGGAUGAGAGGAGGAUCGAUGAAGAGAGGCACAUUGAAGAAGAACAAGAAAAAUAGCGGCAUUGACACGAGCCAGACGAUACUGGAGCGAAGUGAGCAUCUCGAUCGGGAAGAGGUUCUGCAGCGUGACGAGAUGGAGCGCGACGAGCGGCGAGAUCAGAUGGAGGCGAAGGACCGCAAGGGUUCUCUGCUGCGACACCAGAUGCGUGUUGACGAGCAAGCGGAGCGCGAAAGUUCAGUUCGACGAAGUGCAGAUCUAAUACAGCACGAGGUGCUUACUCGCGACUUUUCGAAAGAUCAAAAUAUCGCGACACAUGACUUUUUACAAGUCCCAGGGAGAGAUGAGGUCGAGCUGGAGGGCGACAUUACCGAAAGCCACCACACGCCGGAGAACAGCCCGCCAAAGGUAUCGAUCUUGGAGAGAAGUCAGUAUGAGGAAGGCUUCAGCUCAGAGUGGCAGACCGAUGGAGAGGGCUCUCCGCCUCAACCUCCAAACCACAAGCACUUCUACCAACCGACUGUUGAAGAUUACUACAGCGAACUUAGUCCGGCGCGGCAGGGUCUUCACCAGUCGUUCCGAGGGCGAAGCGUGCACAACAGUACAUAUUCGGCACAGAAGCAUUCGCCCACUAAGAAUGGGAGCCGCAGCCCUGGUCGAGCUUCCAGUCCAACACUCUCGCCAGUGAGAUCACCAACACUGCAGCGAACCUCGACACAUGGCACAUACUCUGGGAACAUGGACCAUGAGUCACGGCUUGAGCUGGAGGAUCAAUUCAAACAGCUUGACGCAAAGUGUGCCCAGCUCGAGCAAUUGAAUGUGGCGCUGGGACAGGCGUUGGAGGAAGAAAAGAAGGUUCGAAAGCAAGAGCAGUCUAGCCACGAGUCUUUUGCCGCAGAAGCUGCACGACGUGAGCAAGACCUGGUCGACAUGAAAGAAUUGGCACAUCGACACAACGCAGAGUUCAGACGCGAGUUUGGCGAGUUGAAGGAACAGCUACUUAACCAGCAGAAGUUGACCGACUUGGCUCGUUCAGGUGAGGAUGGCAGGAAGAAGAGCCACGACGCUGAAAUUGAUCAGCUGCGCAAACAAAUAGACUCACAGAAAGCUGAACACGAGAAGCGAUGCAAGGCUUUCGAAGCUGAUCUCGCUGCCGUAAGGCGCGGUCGCGACCAGGCUGAGAAGGCAGCAUUGGACCUCCGUGAGGAACUCGAAGCAGAGCGGGAACACCACGAGGCAGAGAGACAGCGGUUCCGGACGGAGCUGCAGUCAGCACACGAUGACGAGGCCGCUAUCAGCGAACUCGAAAGAGAGUUGCUGCAGUCCAAGUCCGAGAUCGAGAAUCACAAGACUGCCAAGAUUGAGGCAGAGGAAGAGACCAGAUCGCUUCGAGAGCAACUCGCUUCAGCCAAGCAAACGAAUGAAGACGAUGUUUCCCGAUCUUCCAAUGAGCGAACACGCGCAGUUGAGCUGGCUGCCAGUCUGCAGCGCCAGAUGCAAGAACUUAAGCAACAGCUUCGUGAUCAGCAAAGCACGCACCAGACUGAGCUUGAACGCCUCCGAUUACAGCAAAACUCAUCCUCUCAGACCUCUACCCAAGAGCUCGACGUCAUCCGUAAUCAACUGGAAGCCAAGCAAUCCGAACUCAACAUGGCUGUUAUCGAGCGCGAUGAAGCACGAGAUGCACUUGCUGGCGCAGAAUCAGAAAAAGAAGCUCUCCAGACCAAGAUCACCAACCUCGAAUCUGUCAACGUGGCACUUGACGCCAAAGUCUCCGAGACUAUUCGCAAGCGGGAGAGGUAUUGGAAGUCGAAGCUGGAAGAGGCUACUCGCGAGCGUGAGCUAAUGGCUAGGACCCUGAUGCAUCAGUGGGGAAGACAGGAGGCCGGGGUGGACUCGCCACAGAUGUAUGCGUAUAAGUAUUCGAGUAAGAAGGGAGCGGAGGAGGGAAAGGAGAAUAGUGAGCCGAGGACUGCUUCGUAGGAGUUUCGCGACUCCUCUUAGGCUUGGAUGAUAAUGAAUGAAUGACGAAUGACAGAUACGCUUUUUCCGGGCUGAUAACCACUGGCCACUACGCUAUCCUCUAUCGCUUC